AUGGUGAACUCGUAUAGGAAGAUUGCCAUAUCAUUAUUCGCCGUUGUGGCAUCUAGCAUCUCGACAUCAGCAUCGGAAGAAGUAGAACCAACAUGGCAAGUCCAAAUUGGAAAUGCGCGAGAAAUCAUGGAUCCAAACAAUCAUCAUUUUCAUAAUCAUUUGAGGAGUUUGGAGAGUAGUAAUAGUAAUGCGGCAUCCCGAAAAAGUAGACAGUUGAAUGGUGCUGGAACGGUUGCGGCUCCUCCCAUCAUGGUACCUCCCGUCUCCAUGAUUCCUCCCAACACGGAUCCCAAUACCUUGACUUCCUUUUUUGAACUCGAACUCGUCACGAAUGGGCAAAAACCCAAAGAAGCAGACCUUGCACAGGCUUUGGAUCUCUUCGUGAGUUCCUACAACGAAUUGAAAUCAACCUUUAAUGAUCCUUUGGAGAGAACCAUGGUAUCGACCCAACUUGAAUUCGUAGAUAAUGUUGGUGAUGCACGACGACGACGAAGGACGACGACAACAACAACAACAACAACAACACAAGAUGAGAGGCAACUGCAAAAUCUAAAUGUGUUAUUGUUUCUAAGAGUGAGUGGAACCUGCAGGGGAUGUCAGUCGAACCCAUUCUUUACCAAUCAAGUCGUUGGACGACGACAACGCGGCAGACAACUAUUUGCCAAUCCAAUCAAUAGCAUGAGAUCUGGAGUCCCAACCGAAGCCGAAACUCUGAGUGCGUAUUCAAGGAGUCUCCAAUCAGCAUCCACAAGAAGCAUUGUCGAUGUUGUCUUUUUGGACGAAGUCGAAGCCAGACGAUCGACUGGGAAAGGUUCCAAAAAGUCGUCUGGCAAGUCUGGCGGUGGCAAGGGUGGCAGCAUGUCGAGUGGCAAGUCUAGUGGCAAGUCUAGCGGCAAAGGAGGAGCGCACCCCCCUACUACUACUGCUACUACUACUACUACUACCAUGCCAGCAGGAGGAAAGGGAGGAACCAAAAAGAGUACCAAAAAGAGUGGAAAGGGAAAGGGCUCCAUUGAUACCAUUACGACUCGAAAUACCCUCACUUCUUUUUUCGAGCUAGAGUUGCAAACCUCGAAUGGCAGUCCAACGGACAAUGACAUUCAAAAUGCUGUGGAUACCUUGGUGGAAACCUACAACAGUCUAAUUGAAGAUAGCUUUGUGGAUCCAUUGGAACGCCAAAUGACCAGUGCCGUAGUAGUCAAUGGUGGGGGGCGUCGGCGGCGGACUCGCAAACUUCAGAAUCUCAAUAUCUUACUUUUUUUGCGCGUCAGUGGAAGCUGUCGUGGAUGCAGCAGCAAUUCGUUCUUUACCAAUCAAGUGAUUGGCCGGCGACGACAGCUCUUUGACAAGAAUAUCAGCAAUGAUUUGAAAGAGGGUGUGCCAACGGAAGAAGAAGUGCUGGACAUGUAUUCAUCUCGUAUCGCUUCUGGGAACUUUGGAAGCAUUGUCAAUGCUGUUCGGUUGGACGAAGUGGAAGCCUUGCCAAACUCUGGCAAGGGAUCGAAAAAGAGUAGUGGUAAAGGGACGAGCAGUACCAGAGUCAACAGUAGCAACAACAACAACAACAACAACCCAUCGAUGACUGCACGGGAAGCUCCUCUCAUGGAGGUAUCCCUGUCGGCUGUCACUGCCACCGUCUCGUACCCAGUAGUCCAACUGAAAAUGACUGCACAGGAGGACAAGUGCAUGUCCUAUACUCCUGGCAGUGACAUUAUCAAAGUGGAAACCUGUUCCUCAGGGGAUGAUACGACCAAUGGCAAUGAUCACUGGGAAGUAAUUACAAUGGAAUCGAGUGGAUCAUCGUUCAAGCUGCGGAACAAGAUUGCGCAACUUUGCCUACCGCAGAAUCCGGAUGCACCAGGCAGCCCCUUUGACUGCUUUGCCAGCAGCGGCAUGGGAGAAGCCAUUGCGGGCAGAAUCAGUGGGCUCGUUGACUGUGACAGUUCCAAUGUUGCCACCUUGGGAUUCUUGGAUUUCUUUAACCCAACCGGAUUGUACCUUCAAGAGUGUGCUUCGGGAUUCCAUCCUGGCAAAGACAACGAUAUCAUCCUUGUGAGUUAUGUAGAGGGUGAGGAUGUUGUUGUAGCUUGGGGAGAAAAGAUCAUGUUGGACUUGGAAGGGGUCGUUACAAGUCAUGGAAUGCAAGGAAGCUGGUCCAUGAAGGAGCUAUAA